CCUGUUUAGUUUAGGCAACAAAAAACUCAUGACGAUUCGGCCUGAAAACACCAUCUACCUUUCCAGCAUGGCGCUCGAAGCCACAACCGCGACGCAUGCGCACAAGUCCCUGAAGCCCGCAGGAAGGGAAUGAUCACAAAAGCUUCCCUCAAGACCCGCUUGGUAGGGUCGUUUUAGGACCUAGUGAUUGGCUUAGUAGCGCUCCUAUCAUGCUAGUGAACGACAACGCUACUGCCCUCGACGUUAUUCCGAACCAGGCGGAAUUUGCCAGGUGAUGCAGUCAUCGCGCCGAGUUGUAAUAUCCGGUGAGAGCGCUGCUCCUGUUUCCGGUGGGAAGAUGUUUAGGGACGGACCGGGCAAGUGUAGCGCGGAGGCGCGUUGCUUUAGUUACUUCAGGCUUUGGAAGUGGAUUAUUGCUGCAUUGCUGUUGUGAGUUGAUGCCUGCAAAGGAGAAGGCGGUACCAUACUGACUGAUCUGUGCUCUGGUCAUUAAAAAAACGAUCAGGUGAUUGUUGGAUACCACAGUUCCAAAAAUGAACAUUUUCAACAAGCAUCUGUUUAAUGUUAGAAGACUUGUUUUCCCUUUAGCUGUACAAGAUGGGAUAAAAAGAUUAUUUUUUAUAAAGCCUUGCAAGCUAACUACUUGCAGAACGUUUGUUUGGUCUCCUUGGCUGAGUAAAGAUUCCUCAUCAUCCAGCACUGAAAAAUUAGAUUUGGAUGGAUGGAAACAUGUUGUGCGGUCUGUUUCACAAGAAGAAACUGGUGAGAAAAUAUCAGAGAACGAUGGUGACUCUAGCUUAGCAGCUACUAGAGAACUUAUUGAGAUGUGGAGACUGUUGGGUAAAGCUGUUCCGGGACAUAUAAGUGAAGAACAAUUCAAAAUCUUAAUGGAAUGUCCUUCUAAGACUUCAAAAAGGAAGUAUUUAACAUUCCUGGCUAAAAAGGAAGCUACAAAGAGAGCUGAGAAAGAAAAGCGUGAAAAACAAAAGCAAAUAAGAGAGGAAGAGAUACAAAAAGCUAAGGAAAAUAAUAAUGGUGAAGCAAAGAAUACAUUUUUGAUGAAGUUUUGGUCCAGGUCAGAGGAUACUGUAUUCCACUGGCGGGCUGCUCAGUCUAUGAUCUUUGGUCAGCCACUGGUGUAUGAUAUGACCUAUGAAAACUAUAUGUCACACAAAGAAAUGGAAAAUGCAGUGAAACAGAUGAUGGAAGCUGAAGGAAUCAAUCGUAAAGCUGUAGAUCCAUUUCACUUGCAUUAUUGUAAUCUCAAUGUGGAUGGUCCUUAUUAUAAAUUGUUUCUCAGACGCUAUGGAGAAGCAUGGGAUAAGUUGUUUGUGACAAUGACAAAACAGAGUUAUGUUGAAGUCUUCCCACAAGAUCAGCUUGUCUACUUAACUGCUGAUUCUCCUAAUGUAAUGGAAAGGUUUGAGCAUGAUAAAAUCUAUAUAAUUGGAUCUCUAGUUGACAAGUCAAUACAGAAAGGAGUCUCCCUUGCCCAAGCAAAACGGCUGAAAUUGGCAACAGCGCGGCUUCCUUUGGAUGAAUACUUGCACUGGGAAGAAGGUGCUAAAAACCUUACUCUAGACCAAAUGAUGCAAAUCUUAAUGAGUUUGAAGGACACUGGGGAUUGGAUGAAAGCUUUUCAAUUUGUACCAAGAAGAAAACAUUCAGGUUUUGUAAGCCCUUCCUUUUAUUCAAAGCUUCAGCUUGCAACUCAAAAGAAAAUGAGGGUAUCUGAAAAAACAGCUGGACAAGAAAAGGCAAGCAGCCAGUAUGCAAAGAACUCCAUCAGGCAGCAAAUCCAGAGGAAGUGGUGGGAAGAUGUGUCUUAAUAUAUUGUUCACCAGAGUUGUGAGUUGCAGAUAUUUCUAAUUGAACUUGAAUGUGGUAAUGUUCACCUUAGUACUUUAAAAAAUGAUGGGCAAAUCCAUCCUUGUACUUAACUUGAAAAACAAUAUUUUAUGUGACCCAGCUGAACCCUUGAAGAAGUCCUAGGGUUUCUGCAGUUGCUCAGAAAGGAUGGUCACAACAGCCCCCAUGCCACAAACAAAUGCCUGUCCCCACUGCCUUACUUACCUUGCUCCUUCCCAGUUUCAGCAAUAGUCCUUACCUUUGUGAGUAACCAGCAACCAGGGAUUGUAAUCCCAGUUCCAGUAUUCCUGGUUAUCAUUUCCUAUUAGAAUGGAUUGAAAUUAUAGUUUGAAUUGGGAGGCCAAGUGAAUUAUAAGGUGAAAAAAACAAUAGUUCUCUUAAAAAUUGGCAAGCAGUGACAGCUGAGAAGAUCAGAAUUGCAAGAAUAUAUCCUGUCUUUAAAUGUUGGCUGUUUUUUGUCUUUUACACAUAUACACAGAGUCAGUUUCUCAGGAAGUGCGGAUAGUAGACCCAGUUUUGAAUUAAGCACUGAUUUAAAGAUCUCUGAUCGUGACUUGAAAAUGGACUGAGAAUUUCUGAAUUAAGUUGCAUUAUAAGCAUCUGCCCCCAUCUGAAGUUUUGCAAGCAUUUGAAACAUCUCCAGUGUUUCUUAUUUGCAUUGAAAUAAGUGGGAUUGUUUUAAUCAUGUUCUUUAAUACAUUUAUUAAAAUCAAUGAUAUUUGUGCCUGGUAGCAACAAAGAAUUUCUCUAAUAGUCCAGACUCUUAAUAUCAAAAUGUGACAAUGUAAGCAAAGACUGCCAAAAUUGAGACAUCCUAUUCCUACUAGGAGAGGGUAAAAGGCAUAAUGAAUAUUGUCUUAAAAAGUUACCUAUAACAGGGGUGGCCAACAGUUGCUCUCCAGAUUUUUUUUGCCUACAACUCCUAUCAGCCCCAGCCAGCAUGGCCAAUGGCUGGGGCUGAUAGGAGUUGUAGGCAAAAAAAACAUUUGGAGAGCUACCGUUGGCCAUCCCUGACCUAUAAGAUGAAGUCAGAAAAGAAUUGUGCCAAGAGAUGUAGUUUUCAUGGUUUGAAAAAGGGUCAUAGGGUAUUAUACCUGAAGUCUCUUAGAAAUUCUAGCCUCAGCAAUGCCCAUUUGAUUUUUUUUCCUUGCUUGUGCUGUAUUACAGGUGGAAAGCAAAUGAUAACUCAUCUUUACUGCAGAUGUUACAGUGGUUACAAUUAACUGUGGCUGCUUCAAACAGUUGUUGGGCAAGAAACUUCAGAGUACGUUUUUUUCAAGUAAAUUACAAAUAGACUGAUAAAGGAAUUAUAUAAAUGUAAAUAUUGUGAGAGCUGUCUUGAUACUGACAUUGUGGAAAAUAAAUACUGAUUUUGUUAAA